CGACUUUUCGCCGUGCUCCAAAUCGCCUGCCUCGACAUGCCGCCUCAGAAGUACCAUUGCAAUGUUUGUGCUCAGGACAUCACACGUUCUAUCCACAUACGUUGUGUAACUUGCACAGACUUUGAUCUUUGUGUUUCGUGUUUUACGUCCGGGUCCUCCUCAGGCGAUCACCAACCGGCCCACCCAUACCGGGUGAUUGAGACAAACUCGUUCCCAAUUUUCAACGACGAUUGGGGUGCGGAUGAAGAACUUUUGCUUAUUGAUGCGUGUGAAACGCUCGGUCUUGGAAAUUGGGCUGAUAUCGCCGAGUAUGUCGGAAACUGCCGUACGAAGGAAGACUGCGAGCAGCAUUACAUCAACACAUACAUCCUCUCGGAGUCCUAUCCUUUACCGUCAAUGGACACGGUGUUCGACGUAGAUAGGACAGCAUUUGCUGCUCGAAAACGAGCUCGUUUAGAAGCCUUUACUCCUCCGCCUGUGUAUCCUUUGAAACUGCUUGCUUCGACACCACAAUGCCACGAGAUCCAAGGCUACAUGCCAGGUCGUCUAGAGUUUGAUCAGGAGCUGGAGAAUGAGGCAGAAGUCAGUGUCAAAGACAUGACAUUUGAUUCUGACGAGUCAUUGGACUUGUCCUCGCCCUCUCCAGAAGUCGAAGUGAAAUUAGCUCUGCUCGAAAUUUACAAUGCCCGACUCACAAGGCGAGCUUUACGGAAAAACGUCAUUUUCACUCACAAUUUGCUCGACUUUAAACGUAUACAGGCGAACGAAAAGCGUCGUAGCAAGGAGGAGCGGUCCCUACUCACUCAGGCCAAAGUUUUUGCUCGCCUGCUGUCGAAAGAAGACUACGCAGCAUUUGUUGAUGGCCUACUCACUCAACAUAGUUUGUUAAAGCGUAUUGAGCAAUUGCAAGAAUGGCGCCAAAUGGGCCUUACCACGAUGGAACAGGGUCACAAAUAUGAGCGAGACAAAGCUCAACGGAUUCUUCUUACCAAAGCUGCAAGUUCAUUAGACCGCAACGAUCUACGAAAGUCGUCUUUGUACAAUUCACGCGAUUUACCCUACCGUGAUCUCAGCACAAGCUCAAAAAAGCAAGCUGCUCCUUUAACCUUUAUCACUUCAGCAGACCGACAGCUAUUGUCGCCCGAAGAACAGACUCUCUGUACUCAGCUACACAUUCUUCCUAAACCUUACCUCGCCAUAAAAUGUACCCUUCUUACUGCCUUCCUUGCAAACCCCAAGACAAUAUCUCUUGAUCGUGCUUACGUCCUACUUCCUAAAGUUGACCAGAACAAAGUUCAGCGAGUGUUUGAGUUUCUCCAAUCAUCAGGCUGGCUUUCUUUCAAAGCGACAGAAACAAAAACAGAACCUAAUUCAGCGGCAUCAGCGACCUUGGAUUCGUCCUCUGCAGUCAUAACUGAAGAGCCGCAAUAAAAAGCCUGAAUCUGCCGCAGGCAAUUACUACUAUUCUUGAGGCAUCUUUUAUCGGCGCUGGCUCGCCGUAACUGACUACAUGGACUUUUAAAAGAAAAACUAUUUUUUUGUUAAGUAACGCUUCUUGUCCGGUUUGCAAAAGAUUCUCACUUCUUUACAGUUUAAAAACGACUUCUUCCCAUUCUUCUUCCUUUUCUAUUACCUUUCCACUUUCUUCCAUCUCUUCGCCAUGUGUAUGUGUGUGUGUAUAUGCUUGCAUGUGCCACUCUCAAACAGUCUAACCGUCUACGAGUGGGUUCUCUGCUUCCUGGCAUUUGCAUUUCAUUUUAAUAAAACCUUUGUAUGUGUAUGUGUGUAUGUAUGU